AUGUCUCUGUCAAAAACAUGGGCGAGAAAUGCUGAGAAGUGGAAGCAAGAGUUUCUCGUAUGCCCGAAGCAGCCAGCUUUAGGAAGCUGGCUGAUGAUUGCCGGCAACGGCUUGGGCUGCAAGAUCUGUUUUUUGGCGGAGCAGAAGACUGAGUUCGGGCGGUGCCUUCUGACGUCGCCUCGCCAGAUCAGCUUGGACAGGUUCCGAAAGCACCAAGCCACAGAGGUUCACCUGCGAAGCUUGGCGCGGUUGGUGGGCUGCGAGUGCUGUACUUCGAAGCUUGAUGAUGUGGUGGAUUCCAGGGAUGCUCCUUCCUUUGCAGAUUUUCAGAGAAUGCUGGAUAUGUCCUGCGUGACGAUUGUCACGCAUGCGGAUGGCAAGAACAAGCGGUUCACGAUGCAUUUCACGGCAGUGGACCGAGACCUCGAGAUCAUCAAGAGCACUUUUGGGCAUGCAUGGCAGCAGGCAGCAGAAUACAACCCUGUGGAGGGCUACGUGCGGCUUGUGGACCAGGUCUUGAAGAACUUCUGCACGCCACUGGCGUCUCCCCCCAAAGCCAAGAGAGCUCCAGAGCUGUUUGACAGGGAGUUGUACAAUCUGCUGCGUGAGAAGCAUUCGGCUUUCAACACGGAUGCCUGCAAAGUCAUCAUUCUGGCAGGCCAGGAGGUCGUCAACCAUUUGGGCACGAACCCGGAUCCACUUUUUCCCAAUGCUGUGGCCUGGAUCAAAGAUCACACGCAUUCUGCGCGAAGGAUCAUACAGCGUGUGUGGCGAACAGACGAUCGCCUGACGGAGAUCAUGGAGACACUGGUCACAUCUGGGUCUGCUUUUUUGAAGCAUCUGAACCACAGCCCGGAGUUGCAGUCGCUGUUUCAGGCGAAUCUAAAGAAACAGAAGCACGUCUCCAACACAGGGACGUCUCACAGCCUCUCGUACGCAGCCCACCGCUUCGACAGUCAGGUGAAGCCUUUGGCGCAUUUUCUGCUUAGUUUCGAGGCUGCGCUCGCCACGGCCAUGCAAGUGCAGAGUCUGCGCGCAGGGGACGACUAUGGCAAGGACGCUGCGUCGUUCUUGUCGUUUCUGGUUGGGAAGGCCGGGGCCGAAAAUAUUCUGCAAACUGCCCUCAUGGUGGACGCAGGAGACAUGGUCAUGUGUUUGCUUCGAUUUUUUGACAGAGCAACCUUUGAUGUUGCCUUGAUGGGGGAACAGCUGCACUUGUUCUGUCAAAAGUUGGAUUGGGCCUUCAACAAGAAGCACAUCCUGGAGUUGGAAGACUCCUUCACGGGUCAUGCCCUUCGACUCCUCGCCAAGACGCACAUCGUCAGGAUUCCAGGCCAGAAGUGGGGGUCCGGGCCCCUGACUGUGGGCGGUCCUGGCUUCGUAGCGGCUGCUACGAGGCAGCGGUGCUUGGCCCGAAUGCAGGCGUUCGUCGUUUUGGCUGUGCAGACUGUGCGAGCUGAAUUCCCUUCCUUCGAGCCAUUGCAGUGCUUCGGAAUCUUUGCUUUGCGCGAGAGAAGCCUGGUAGGCGAUGUGGCAUCGAAGUUGGAGCGCGUGGCAAUGUUUUGCUCUGUGGACGCGUCUGCAUUGCGAUCAAAGUACCAGCACUUCCUGACAAAGGCCGUGUCGUAUUACCGGUCACAGGCAAGCUGCAGCAGCUUCGACGCGUGGCGACACGUCAUGCUUCAGGAGGCCCGUGCAAAGGGCCGUAGCAUGGAGUCCUUGGCACCGGAGUUGUUCCGGGCAGUGGCGCAGCUGGGAGCUUUCACAGGGUGCACGACGUCGUGCGUCGAAGUCACGCACAGCGUCCAAGAUUGGCUUUGGCCGAAGCGACGGAACAAGCAUCUCAGUCUACAGUGCGAGGUAAAUGAGAUUACGAUCGCGACUUCACCGCCGGGACAGGCAGCUGACGCCAAAACGAUCGCAGUGGCUCGUGAUGUGUGGAGGACCGUCUACGGGCGGCCCCGGGCCAUCCAGCGAGCAGCGCGCCAGGACAAGGGCAAAGAGAGAAGCAAAGGGAAAAGAAGCAAGACCUUGGGUGGUUUUUUCAAGCGAGCCCGUGCUGCGGUGACUCACCAUGCCAGGCAUCACAAGAUCCGGUCUAUCCAGCAAGUCGGGUACGAUGCUGCGCCGGGGGCUGCUGCUGUUUGGAGCGAGAAGAUGAACAAUGAGCUAGACUUUCUGGCAGAGACGCUUGGGGACACAGCAGUGAGUUUGAAACAAGAGGACGCGUUUCAUGCGUGCAUCCUCGGCGGCCAAUUGAAGCAGCCGGACUUCACUCCAGGACAGGCAGAAGAAGCAAAGAAAAGGAAGGCCCGCGCGUUGACGCUGCAGCAAGAGCGUGCGGAGCAAGCAGAGAAGCGACGCAACACCUGCAGUUUCACUGCUGUGAGGCUCUGCGCCGGUCAAAAGUGCUACUUCCAGCCGGGCAUCUCAGACAAUUUGGGAAGAGAGGCCGUGAACAUGAAGCGGGUACGGCUGACUCGUCGCUGGAUCGAGGCAGACUGGUUUGUUCUGGAAAGAAUUGGAGAUAUGGCCACUCAGAAUCUCGCGUGGGCUGCUUGUUUGCUGGGCGGUUUUCUUGUUGAUGCCACUUACAUGCAAGAUGCUGUGGCCGGGAAUCCCAGCGGCGAACCGCGGGGUGUUUGUGUCGCUUUCAAAGCAGCACUCGGAACCAAGCGACGUGUUUGGUGCAGCGCUCGCUUCCAACAGCUGGACGUUUACCAAACAAUGGCCGCGUGCGUUGGCCAAGCAGGCUCACAGUGGAAGUUCGUGGACCUGGAGGACUUCUGUCGCGAGCGUGGGAAGCGGAACGCCAGCCUCAAGGCGAUUGCCUUCGUCACAGAUGAUGAGCAGGAAAGUUUCGUGCAAGAGCUGGGCUCCAACUGCGUUUUCACCCGGGAGACUUUUAUCACGAAGCUGGCACGCAUGGAUGUGAAGCACACUACCUUGGGUGUUUGUGGCUUGUAG